GUAAACUAUGGCGACAGGCAUCCAACAUGACCUGAUGAAGCAGGCACAGUGCUUUUGGUCAAUGCUGGAUGAGCUUGCAGAGACCGAUGAAGAUGCAUACAGGAAGUUCAUGGCCACAAACCUCCAAAGAGGACAGCAAGAAUUGACACCGGCCAAGCCAUGGAUGUGUGUCAAGACCCGUAUCAUGAUAAAUACAGGGAGAAAUGCUGCCGUCAACGUGAAGAAAAUGGUCAACAAUCGUCACGUGGGGAAAACAUAGGACUGAUCCCAAUAGAAGCUGACACAGGUAUCAGUGACUCCGUUCUACACAAGAUAUCUGAGAUGCUUGGCUUUGAUUCGCGGAAGCUUGCUACACAUCUGGGUUUAAGCGCUGCAAAGAUCUCCCACAAGAAACAACAGAUCUUCAAGAUGCUGGUCAAAUGGAGGCGCCAACAAUCCACCGGCAGGGAUCAGAGUAGAGUGCUAUGCACAGCUCUGAUUGAGAUCGGCAGAAUGGACAUUAUCGAAAAAUUGCUAGAAAUGACCGGACUCCAGGGGCCGUAUGCGUUUUGGUAUUUUCAACAGCAAAUUAUCGACAACUACAAGGAAACUGCAACGACUAUUCCUGCACACCCUACACUGCAGACAUGUAAUGUAGAUAUUGAUAAAUUCUUUAUUCCUCUCUAUCUUGGAAAGAUCAUUCCAGGCAAAACAAAAUCAGAGAGGUUGGUGACAUUACCAGAAAGAAAAAUAUACUUGGAUGAAGCACAACAUAUAAUUCUCAAAUCUGUAGACGAUUUGUUCAAUCAGGAAAUAGUUAAGGAAAUCAAGAUUCUCCUUUGUGGUGGGGCCGGGACGGGUAAAUCAACCCUGUUAGUGAAAGUUGCAAAAUCCUGCAUCACACUUGGUUCAAAACCCCUACAUGGUAGAUACGAUCUUGUGCUUUGGAUAAAGCUGAGGCAAAUGCAGCAAUCUAGUUGUGUCUUGGAUUACAUAUUUGACCAAAUUCUAGCAGGUAAUACCAAACUGACGAAAGACAUAGUGAAAGGGUUCAUUGAUCAUCAUGAAUCACGCAUUGCUUUGCUGUUUGAUGGAUUCGAUGAAAUUCCUUCUCAUGUUUUGGAAUCUGAGGAGGGCGUGUACAGGGUUCAGGAUAUCUUACACAACAGAGUCCUUACUAAAAGUUUUGUGUUGGUUACCACCCGACCACACAGGAAACAAUAUAUACUCAGAGGUCACCCAAAUUACGCCCAUAUUCAGACAUUUGGCUUCAGACCACAUGAUAGAGAUCAAUACAUCAGAUUAAACCUUCCUGAUGAUGCUGACAUGGGAGAGGCAUUGAUUUCACAUCUGAAAGUCAAUGCAAAUAUCCGGGAAAUGGCUGUAGUUCCAAUCAUUUCCCAGAUGCUGUGCCUUGUUUGGAAGAAUCAAAAGUCAUUGCCUGAGAGAAUUACCGAGCUGUACGAAGAGUUUGCGGUUGCUCUUUUCAAGCGCCGCAAUAAAGAUAUGAGCGAUGAACAGGUGAUGUCUAACAUGAUGUCCAUCAUUGAUGGCUUGGGGCAUGUUGCAUUGCAAGGGUUACUAGACUGUAGAGGGGAAAGACUCAUGUUCAAAGAAAGUGAAUUUCAGUCUGACUUAGAUGAGGGCCGUGCAGUGGGUUUUGUUCAAGGUGAAAAGUUUCAGUGUGGUCCGGGUGAAGAAGUGUUGUUCAGUUUCCCCCACAAGUCCAUCCAAGAAUACUUCGCAGCAUGUCACCUGGUGAAAUUGCUAGACGAUGACGAAAACAAUUUCCGUCAUCAGUUGGAGCAGAUUGGAGAUGGCAAUGUUCUUGCGAUGGAAUACCUGCUGAGAUUUUGUUGUGGUAGAUCAAUGCAGGCUGCUGGUCUCAUUCUUGAUCACAUACGAGAGAUGCAAGGUGAUGAGAAGAAACUGCAGAGAUUGGCUAGGUUACUGCUAUUCGAGUCUGGUUCAGAUGAGUUGGCUACCAAACUAGUCAGACCAACUUUUGUAAAGUGCAAGAGUAACGAAGACCUGAAAUCACUGAGCUACUACUUACAGCAUGUCACUCCGCCACUUGAAGGUACAGAUUUUGACAUGCAUGUAAGAAAGCAGGGGCUUACCCUUCUCAGGGGAAUUCUUCUGAGUGACAGCAUGAAGUCAGCUAGGCUGAUAACUGUUUACUACUACUUGUCUGAGCAGGAGGGGGAGGAGCUUAGCCUCCUUGAGGAAACACUUGGUGAGGUGGAUGUACAGCGCCAUGCUCGAUUCAUCAUUACGGUUAUCAUUGAGGCAAGGUCAUGGUUUGACGUGGGGCGUGUAUCACACAGCUUUUUCUGCAUGCAGGAACAAAUAGGCAGGCUUGGUUUGGCUAUGUACCAACGAUCACCGGAUGAGGUUGUUGAUCUAUUGAAGGCACUGGAAGGAUGCAGGUUGGAUGUUCUCGCACUGUUUUACACCAACCUGCAUGCACGGGUGCGAGAUGUCAGCCACGUCCUGUCAUCCCUUACACUCUUGCACCUCAGUGCAUGCAGGUUGGUAGAUGAUGACGUGAAGGACCUGAUCAGCAUCAUUCCUGCUGGGCAUGGUUUACAAGGGCUUAUCCUUGAUGGCAAUGCAUUCAGUUUGGAUGCAGUGAGGGCUCUCACCCGUCAUCUCCAAGGUCUCCCUGAUUUGACUGGGUUGUCACUUUGUACCAUCGGCCUCGAUGCUGAGCUCGUCAGACAAGUUGUCAGUCAAAACCUCCCUCACCUGAAGGAAACACAAGAGGGAAUAUUCCUCAAGCCUAAAUAAUCUCCCACCAAGUCAUAACUCUCACCCUGUUCCCUAUGAAUGCAACACGCUCAUGAGCCGCAUUAAACCGAAACAAGUAGCAUGUAUCAUGGGUCAUUUUAUGUGAAGGCAAUGCUCUGCAACCCCC